AUGUGCUCCACUGGAUGCUGUUCCACCGGAUGCUGCUCUGUCGUGAAGAGCAAGACCGUGUGCUGCACCCCCUGCAAGACCGUGUGCUGCAGCCCCUGCAAGACUGUGUGCUGCAGCCCAUGUAAGACUGUGUGCUGCAGCCCCUGCAAGACUGUGUGCUGCAGCCCAUGUAAGACUGUGUGCUGCAGCCCGUGCAAGACCGUGUGCUGCUCCCCGUGCCAGCAGUCCUGCUGCUGUGAUCCAUGCCAGAAGCCCUGCUGUGACCCGUGCCAGUGCUGCUGUGACCCGUGCCAGAAGCCUUGCUGUGACCCGUGCCAGUCCUGCUGUGACCCGUGCCAGAAGCCCUGCUGUGACCCGUGCCAGUGCUGCUGUGACCCGUGCCAGAAGCCUUGCUGUGACCCGUGCCAGUCCUGCUGUGACCCGUGCCAGAAGCCUUGCUGUGACCCGUGCCAGACUUGCUGUGACCCGUGCCAGAAGCCUUGCUGUGACCCGUGCCAGUCCUGCUGUGACCCGUGCCAGAAGCCGUGCUGUGACCCGUGCCAGUCCUGCUGUGACCCGUGCCAGUCUGUGUGCUGCACCAAGGUGUGCCAGAAGUCCGUGUGCUGUGUCCCACGGCCCUGCUGCAGCCCCUGCGGGUCCCUGUCCUGCUGCUCCUGCGUGGUGAAGAAGCCCGUGAUGGUUUGCUGCACCCCCGUGAGGAAGUACUGCACCCCCUGCAUCCCCAUCCAGCAGUGCUGCGCCAGCCUCAAGAAGUCCUGCUGA